AUUCAGUGCGGACCUGUUAUAACACAAGUACCUGUUCCGGUUCCAAAUGCAGCAUGUUUGGAAGUUUAGUUAGAAAUCGAAAUGGCCUGUCAAAACUGACAGAUUUUGGUAUUUCUUCGGUAAAGUCAUUUAGAGGCCCACCAUGUGCUGUUACACAGGUGGCCACUCUCAUGAAGCUCGAGGAUCCACCAUCGUAUGACCAUGUGGAGUUUCCUGAGAGAAAGAGGUUGAGGUUCUAUGAAAAAGUCCCUCAGUUACAGCAGGGUGUGCGAGCACCGAAAACUCCCAAAGAUCUUCAUCUGAUGCGAGGCCCUGACAAGAUCCACAACAAGUUACAGUACGGACAAUAUGGCAUUCAGGCACUGACCGGGGGCCGGUUACGAUGGGGCCACUACGAUGCGCUACGUCUGACGAUCGGUCGCAAGAUGGAUGAAUCGAGGAUGUUCGCCAUCUGGCGCAUCGACCAACCGUGGAAGUCUGUGUCCAAGAAGGGGAUUGGUACACGAAUGGGCGGAGGGAAGGGCAACAUCGACCACUAUGUCUACCCACUACGAGCAAACAGGAUCAUUCUAGAAAUGGGUGGAAAAUGUGAAUUUAAGGAAGUGGAGAAAAUCUUGAAACCUCUGGCCAAAAUCCUGCCUUUUCGAGCACGUGUUGUGAGCCAUGAGAUUCUUGCAGAAGAUGCUGAGCAAGAAGCAUUUGUGAAGAAGAACAAUAUCAACCCUUUUACGUUUCAGCACUGCGCUCGGCACAACUUCCUGGGUUGCAGAACAUGGAUGAGUCCUUAUGACUUUCAGUGGCAUGGCAAAUAUAGAUGAUGCUGGCAGUUUUUGAUAUUCAUGCUAGCCCAACAGCUAGAGACUGAAGAAAUGAGUAUUAUCCAUUGAUGGUGGUGGUCCCUGACUAGUAACCUCUGAGGGCUAUUCAUUUGAAUGUUCUCUGUGCUUCAGUUUUGCUAAAAAUGGGACUUAAUAUUAAUCACAGAAAAUGUCAACAGAGUAAACUUAUGUUAGCUGCAGAUUCUGAGGACUGUUGAGAUAAACUUGGCAAUUGUCCUCUUUAGUGUCUUAUUUCAGGCUAUUCCAGGGUAUCUUGUGCUGAAGGGAACGAUGAGGUAUGGUGGUUAAGAUGUCCGCUCAGCAAGCUGAAUGGCUGGGUGUCAUUCCCAACAUGGGUGUGAUAUGUGAAACCCAUUUCUGGUGUCCACCUGCCAUGAUAUGGCUGGAAUAUGUCUUUAAGUGGCAUCAAGCCCCUUCAUCACUUACAGACCGCCUCCGUGGUGUAGUGGUUAGAGCGAUCGCCCAGAGAGCGGAAGGUCGCGGGUUCGAUCGCCGACUGCAUCAUACCAAAA